AUGGCCUUUAAGUUGUCUGAAGACCAGUUUCGGUGCAGCAUCUGUCUGGAUAUCUUCCACAACCCUGUGUCCAUCCCAUGUGGACACAACUAUUGCCUGGGAUGCAUCAAACGCUUCUGGGACACGAGACGUAACUCGGAGUGUCCGCUGUGCAAAGAAGCCUUCGAAACCCGUCCAAAUCUCAGGGUCAACCUCGGCUUAAAAGACAUCACCGACCAAUUUAAAAAGUCUCUAAAUGGCCGGCCACAACACAAGCCAGCCCCACCAAAGAGAUCUGUGGAGGGACGAUCUUUUGAUGAGGUUACCUGUGACAUCUGCACGGGAAAUAAUGUAAUAGCAGACAAGUCAUGCCUCGUGUGCCAGGUGUCUUACUGUGAAAUUCACCUGACGCCUCAUCUGAAGGAUCCAGUAUUGACGCAGCACAGCCUGAUGGAUCCGGCCACCUUCGUCACCAGUCACCUCUGCAGAAGUCACAACAAGCUCCUGGAUAUGUUUUGCAAGACGGAACAGACACCGAUUUGUGUGAAAUGCAGAGAGCGAGACCACAGACACCAUGAGAUCGUUCCAAUAGAGAAGGAGAGCAAGAGGGUCAGGACUCAGAUGAAGAAGAUCCAAACAGACUAUCAUCACAUGGUCCAGGACAGAGUCAGAAAGGUUAAGGAGAUCAACACUUCAGUGGAGUUAAGCACAAUAAAUAAAGAAAGGCAGAUACAAGAAAGCAUUCAUGUUGUCACCACGAUGAUAAGCGUCAUUGAGAAAAACCAGUCUUCGCUCAUCGAGGAGAUGGAGCAGAAGCAAGGAGCAGCUGAGAGGACAGAGGAGGAGCUUCUCAAAGAGCUCAGGCAGGAAAUCAACGAACUGCAGAGAAGACGAAGUGAGCUGCAGCACCUGGAGCACACCAAGGACCAUCUUCAUCUCCUACAGAGUUUCCCCUCUCUGAGUGCUGCACUGCCCACCAGGGACUGGUCCCAGAUCAGAGUCCACUCGGACAACUACAUAGGGACAGUGCGGAGAUCUUUCACCAAGCUGGUGGACGUGUGCCAUACACUUGAAAAUAAACUGUCUGCAGAUGAGAUGAGAAAGACAAGUCAAUAUGCAGUGGAUGUGACUCUGGAUCCAGUGACGGCUUCAGCUUGGCUGUCUCUGUCCCCUGAUGGGAAACAGGUGAGCCUCAGCGUCCAGCAGAAGAAACCCUGUACCCCUAACGACCCCCGCAGGUUCGACUCCUGUGUCUCCGUUCUGGGGAAACAAAGCUUCACCUCCGGGAGACAUUACUGGGUGGUUCAGGUUGGAGAUAAAACAGACUGGGAUCUUGGCGUGGCUAGGGAGUCUAUCAACAGGAAAGGGGCCAUCACGGUGCGUCCUGACAGCGGUUACUGGGCCAUCUGCCGGCGGAAAGGCAGCAGUCUCAGCGCCUGCACCGGCCCCUCCAGCACCCUCUCCUUCCUAGAACCUCCCCAGAAAGUCGCUGUGUUCCUGAACUACGAGGAAGGGUCGGUGUCCUUCUACAACGCAGAUGCGAAGACCCACAUUUACACUUACACCGAGUGUCUAUUCACCGAGCCUCUAUACCCAUACUUAAACCCCUGUCUUCAUGACAACGGGAAGAACACCGCCCCGUUGAUUAUCUGUCCUGUUGAGGUUGGGGAUGAUGCAGAUUGA